AUGUCCACACCCACGAUUAUUGCAACGGAAAAUUUAGUCGAGGAAAUGGAAAGCUGGGGUCUUCACCAUGCAACAUACUGGAGUAGUGAUCUAAACUCAUGGGGAAGUGUGAGCGACUGGGACGUUUAUUUUAUCGACAAGACUCCUGGGUGUACUAAAGACGAAGCACAUCGGUCCCUGAGUCUUGAACUUAAUAUCCUUCUUAAGAAACUGUCAGACAGAAGUCGACAAUAUUCCAAGGCAAACGCCUUGAAAAAGGCUUUGGAGAACUCUGAUAACGAUUCCGCAAAUAUUUUGUUAUGGAAUAAGCAUCUCAAAGAAUUAGAAUCGAUAGCUAUUUCAGAUUUGGUACAUAGAGUAUCGCACUAUCAAAAGUAUUACUAUACAAGAAGAAAUUGGACGAGCCAAAGAGCAGAUAUCAGAGAAAUAAAAAAAAAUAAAGCUAGCACGAAAGAAUGUGAGAUAUCAUCUAGUUCUUCCAGCAGUAAAAAUGACGAGAACUACAACAAGCAAGAAGAUGAUGAUGCUAUAAUUAGCGGUAUGUUACAAGUGAAUGUGUGCUACAAGUUUAUUACAUUACCAAUGCAUAUAUUUUCAGAUUUAGGGAAUGAUUUGAGAGAGGCAUCGGAAUCGAUGGUUGGAAAGGCAAACGAUGAACCGCCAAAAACGCCUGAACACCAAAUUUAUCAAAAACAAGGUGACUAUUCCAAACCAUUCGCUUCAUGUGAAGAACAAUCUCAUGGAUUUCAUUCUUCGGAGAUUUCUCAAAAUUUGGGCGAUUCAAUUGAGUCAAAUGAUCAUGACAGCGAUGAGGAUGAAUUUGGCUUAAAAAAUAUGAACCUCUUCAAACAAAGUCUUGUUCACUCUUUUAUCAUCGAUACUGAGGAUACCUUUAUUAAGGAUGAGUUUUCAGAAGAGGAAUUAUCCGAAAUUGUUGAAAAAAAUAAAGAACAAAGUAUACCGGAAAUCGACGAAGAGAUUCUUGAAUACAUUGACACAUUUGCCAAGUUUCUAAUUGUUUGUUAUUUCUUUUUAGGAAUUUCUAUGGCACUUCGGAUGUGGGAUUUUGACGGAAUGGACACGUAGCAUUUCGGUGAGAAAUCGGCAUCAGUUUUUCCUUAUUUUUAGAUGAGUUUAGGCGCUUGGAACAGAAACUUUUUUAUAAAAGUUUCUUCUCCCAUUUUGUAGGGAAAUCAGCUCAGGAAAUCGAAAGGAAUUUGAAAC